AAGCUAAAGCCACUGGUUCCGGUAAGUCCAUUUCUCUCUCUCUCUCUCAUAGUCUCGCAGGCUCGUACUCCACAGUCAAGGCAAACGGCAAGGGAAGCAAACACUGAGCCGUUCCGUCUCUUUGCCGCCUUCAACGACGCUUUCGCAGUUUGUCUCCUUAGGCUUAGUUUGUGGAAUUGAUGGCAUCCAAGUUGCAGCAGUUGCAGUCCAAGGCAUGUCAAGCAUCAAAGUUUGUGUGCAAGCAUGGAACUGCCUACUACAAGCAGUUGCUGGAGCAGAAUAAGCAAUAUAUUCAGGAACCGCCCACUGUUGAGAAGUGCACCUUGUUAUCAAAGCAGUUGUUCUACACUCGACUUGCUAGCAUUCCCAAUCGAUAUGAAGCAUUCUGGAAGGAACUUGAUUAUGUGAAGAAUUUAUGGAAGAAUAGACAGGAGCUGAAAGUUGAAGAUGCUGGCAUUGCUGCUUUGUUUGGGCUGGAAUGCUUUGCUUGGUAUUGUGCCGGUGAGAUUGUGGGAAGGGGAUUUACUUUCACUGGUUACUAUCCUUGAGAAGAAGCGCUUCGCAUAAUGUUUCAGGGGAUUGAAAUUGAAUAUGUAAGCUUCUGUUGUCAUUUGUGCGAUUGAAUCGCAAGCACUUGCAAAUUUUUUUUUUUUCUGCAAAAAUUUUUGAAGCUGAGAAAUCAGUUGGUUACUGUGAUUGGCUCAAUAAUUUUACAUUUUAAGCGGCUUAGGUUGUGACUAUCAUUCCAUUAACUGUGUUACAAGUCAUCAUUACUCAUGAAUGAUGAUAAUGUUAAGAGUUCUUCACUGGUUAUGCAUCUA